GGGGAGGGAGUCACAGGUUCAGCGCACGCGAGGGUUGGGCGCGCGCAGCCGGCACGCGGGCGAAAGUCCUCGGAGGCGCGGCGGGCGGUGCCGAGACACAGGCGCUGCUGCAGGAGCAGCGGCCCGCACCCGCCGCAGCGCUCGCCGCCGUCAGCGGCCCUCGCGCCUCCGGUGUCCGGGCUCACUGAGGAACCCCCCCACCCCUCGCCGGUUCCAGUAGUGCGCGCAAUGGCCCCUCGCAAGAACGCCAAGGGCGGCGGAGGCAACAGCAGCAGCAGCAGCAGCAGCAGCGGCUCUGGCAGCGGCUCCGGCAGCGGCUCCGGCAGCGGCAGCCCGGGCGCGGGCACCAGCGGCGGCAGCAGCAGCCCCGGGGCCCGGAGAGAGACAAAGCAUGGAGGACACAAAAACGGGAGGAAAGGAGGACUUUCUGGAAGUUCAUUUUUCACGUGGUUUAUGGUCAUUGCAUUGCUGGGCGUCUGGACUUCAGUAGCUGUCGUUUGGUUUGAUCUUGUUGAUUAUGAGGAAGUUUUAGGAAAACUAGGAGUCUAUGAUGCUGAUGGUGAUGGAGAUUUUGAUGUGGAAGAUGCCAAAGUUUUACUAGGCCUUAAAGAAAGAUCUGCUUCAAAGCCAACAGUCCCACCUGAAGAAGCUGAGCCAUACCCGUGGCUGGAGGAGCAGGUUCCCGAGGACUCAGGACCUCGGAAUAUUGAAGAUGAAGUAGAAGAGCAAAUUCAGCCCCUUCUCCAUGAGUCAGUCUACACAGAACAUGGGGAUGAUGAUGUACAGCAAGAAGAGGCUGGACAAGCAAGAGAACCACAGCUGGAAGAUGAUGAUUUCCUCGUAGGAAGUGAUGCAGAUGAUGGAUUUGAGCCCUUGGAGACCAGAACAUUUCAUGAAGAAAUUGAAGAUAGUUACCCUGUAGAAGAGACAGCUUCACAGGUUUAUAAUCAGGAUAUGGAAGAGAUGAUGUAUGAGCAGGACAAUCCAGAUUCCAUGGAGCCAGUAGUGGGUGAUGAUGAAAGAAGGUACCAUGAAGCAGAUGACCUUACAUACCAAGACUAUGAUGAACCAGUAUACGAACCAUCGGAAAAUGAAGGUCUAGAAAGUUCGGAUAAUGCUGUAGAAGAUUCAAACAUAAUUUUAGAAGAAGCGCACAUGCCCCCUGCUGAAGAACAACAGGAAGUACCACUAGUUAAGAAAAAGAAGCCUAAACUAUUAAAUAAAUUUGAUAAGACUAUUAAAGCUGAACUUGAUGCUGCAGAAAAACUUCGUAAAAGGGGAAAAAUUGAAGAAGCAUUGAGUGCAUUCCAAGAACUAGUGCGCAAAUACCCUCAGAGUCCACGGGCAAGAUACGGAAAGGCACAGUGUGAAGACGAUCUGGCUGAGAAAAGAAGGAGCAACGAGGUGCUGCGUGGGGCCAUCGAAACCUACCAGGAGGUGGCCAGCCUGCCUGAUGUCCCCACAGACUUGCUGAAGCUGACCUUGAAGCGGCGCUCGGACAGACAGCAGUUUCUGGGUCACAUGAGAGGCUCCCUGAUUACCCUACAGAAGUUAGUUCAGCUGUUUCCUGAUGAUAUGUCUUUAAAGAACGACCUUGGAGUGGGGUAUCUCUUGAUAGGGGAUAAUCACAACGCUCAGAAAGUCUAUGAAGAGGUUCUGAAUGUGACACCGAACGACGGCUUUGCUAAAGUACAUUAUGGCUUUAUCCUGAAGGCACAGAACAAAAUUGCUGAGAGCAUUCCCUAUUUAAAGGAGGGAAUAGAAUCUGGAGAUCCCGGCACUGAUGAUGGGAGGUUUUACUUCCACCUGGGGGAUGCCAUGCAGCGGGUUGGGAACAAAGAGGCAUAUAAGUGGUAUGAGCUUGGGCACAAGAGGGGCCAUUUUGCAUCUGUAUGGCAGCGCUCUCUCUACAACGUGCAUGGACUGAAAGCCCAGCCCUGGUGGACCCCAAAAGAAACAGGCUACACAGAAUUAGUGAAGUCCUUAGAAAGAAACUGGAAAUUAAUCCGUGACGAAGGCCUUGCAGUGAUGGAUAAAGCCAAGGGCCUCUUCCUGCCUGAAGAUGAAAACCUGAGGGAGAAGGGCGACUGGAGCCAGUUUACGCUGUGGCAGCAAGGAAGAAAAAAUGAAAAUGCCUGUAAAGGAGCUCCUAAAACCUGUUCAUUACUAGAUAAAUUUCCCGAGACGACAGGAUGCCGAAGAGGACAGAUCAAAUACUCGGUCAUGCACCCGGGAACACACGUGUGGCCGCACACGGGGCCCACCAACUGCAGGCUUCGAAUGCACUUGGGCUUGGUCAUUCCCAAGAAAGGCUGCAAGAUCCGCUGCGCCAACGAGACCAAGACAUGGGAAGAAGGCAAGGUGCUCAUCUUUGAUGACUCUUUCGAGCACGAGGUGUGGCAGGACGCCGCGUCUUUCCGGCUGAUCUUCAUCGUGGAUGUGUGGCACCCAGAGCUGACACCCCAGCAGAGACACAGCCUUCCUGCGAUUUAGCAUGUCGUGCAGGCUUGGGACACACUGGAGAGAGGCUGCCUGCUGGCUCAAUCUCCUCGGGUGUGGGGACAGAGGUUCCAAGUUUGAGGGCCCAUCAUUCUCUUGAUGGGCAGCUCUCCCAAUUCUAAGGCUCCUCCUAGGGUUAGAAGACACUAAACGGAAUAUUUUGCCUUGCUGCAGUUCACGUUGAAAGCCCCCCACUGUCCAUCCCACGACAGCACCCAUCAUCUGAUGCCGUAUUUGCAGUGAAGAUGUGAGAGCUUCUGCCUUGUCAGCCAAAGAUAUUUUUCCCCCUUUGAAGAGGCCUCAGUCAGUGUACAAAGAGAAUUCGUGUAGAAACUGUGAAUGGGUCACUUCAGUUUGUAAUUUUUCUAUGCAAUUAUAUUUUUCUAGGGUAUCUAGGCCAUGGUUUUCAUCAUGUACCACUACUUUUUUGUUGAGUUUAAUAAUAAGCUGUGUAAAUGCUUUACUUCUAGCUGACUUAAUGGUGACUUCCCCUGUGAACUCAGACUUCCCUCUUUUAAUUCUGUUUAGUAAAAGACACUCAUAAAGAAGCAAUUUUAUUUUCCUAAUACAAAGGAGAAAGGUGUAAUUACGCUGAUGUCUGUGAACUGUGCUGCUUCCCACCCACUGAGUCUGUUUGCUUUCAUAUCUUCAUUAAGAGCCAUUGUCUUAAUGUCUCUCCUCGCCAUGCAAAUGGUGGAGAUGCUGUCUUUCUUAGAGGAGCUUUUCACACUGAAACAGGACACAGAGCCAUUUUAUAUUGAGUCACAAAAGUGUCACCAGUAAAUUUUUUUAAUGCCAAGAAUUAGAACUGAA